UCUUCAGAGCAGCGGCAGCCGCUGGAGGAGUUGGGCGGCUGUUUCUCCCUCUCCGCCUGGAGGAGGAGGAAGAAGAGGAGGAAGAAGAGGCUUCGGCUGCCGCCUCUCUGAUCCUCCCCCCCUCCCCUUCCGCCCCACACCUUUAUGGACGAGCGCCGGAGCUUGCUCUACUCUCCGGCUGCCUCCUCCACCAGCCGCCAUCCGCGGGGCGGCUCGACCAGCAGCCACCACAACCUGGGCUACACCGAGCAGCUGCCCCCCGCCGCCUCCCAGCCGGUCCCCGACCAAGAGGAGGAAGAGGGUGAAGAAGGGGAGGAAGGCAGCAUGACCGUGGUGGGGGGCGGCGGAGACCCUUUGCUGGAAGAGCCACAGCAUCCUCAUCCUUUGCUCGGGGGGGACCGCUACGAUCACCCCCCAACUCCCGCCGCCGUCCCUGCCGGCCAGCCCGCGGGCGGUGGGGAGCACGAGUGCUGCGAGCGGGUGGUGAUCAACAUCUCGGGGUUGCGGUUUGAGACCCAGCUGAAGACGCUGGCACAGUUCCCCGAGACGCUGCUGGGGGACCCGCGUAAGAGGAUGCGCUACUUCGACCCCCUCCGCAACGAGUAUUUUUUCGACCGUAACCGUCCCAGCUUCGACGCCAUCCUCUACUACUACCAGUCGGGUGGGCGCAUCCGGCGACCCGUCAACGUCCCCAUCGAUAUCUUCUCCGAGGAGAUCCGCUUCUACCAGCUGGGGGAGGAGGCCAUGGAGAAGUUUCGGGAGGAUGAGGGUUUCAUUCGGGAGGAGCAGCGGCCGCUUCCCGACAAGGAGUUUCAACGCCAAGUGUGGCUCCUCUUCGAGUACCCCGAGAGCUCUGGGCCAGCCCGAGGCAUUGCCAUAGUCUCUGUCCUGGUCAUCCUUAUCUCUAUUGUCAUCUUCUGUCUGGAGACCCUGCCUGAAUUCAGGGAUGACCACGACUAUGAGGGAACUGGGGGAACCUUUGGGAUGGGCGGCGGCCCUCUCCCACCUGACGUCUUCACCAACUCCUCGUCCUCAGCCGCUUCCAUGGUGUCAUCCUUCACCGACCCUUUCUUUGUAGUGGAGACUUUGUGCAUCAUCUGGUUCUCCUUCGAGCUGCUGGUCCGUUUCUUUGCCUGCCCCAGCAAGGCCACCUUCUCCAAGAACAUCAUGAACAUCAUUGACAUUGUGGCCAUCAUUCCCUACUUCAUCACACUGGGCACCGAGCUGGCUGAGAGGCAAGGCAACGGGCAGCAAGCCAUGUCCUUGGCCAUCCUCAGAGUCAUCCGGCUGGUCAGGGUCUUCCGCAUCUUCAAGCUCUCCCGGCAUUCCAAGGGGCUGCAGAUCCUGGGGCAGACCCUCAAGGCCAGCAUGCGGGAGCUGGGCUUGCUCAUCUUCUUCCUCUUCAUCGGCGUCAUCCUCUUCUCCAGCGCCGUCUACUUCGCAGAAGCCGAUGACCCCAGUUCAGGUUUCAGUAGCAUCCCUGAUGCCUUCUGGUGGGCGGUGGUGACCAUGACCACAGUGGGCUACGGGGACAUGCACCCCAUCACCAUUGGGGGCAAGAUUGUGGGCUCUCUCUGCGCCAUCGCAGGGGUGCUAACCAUCGCUCUCCCUGUGCCUGUGAUAGUCUCCAAUUUCAACUAUUUCUACCACCGGGAGACGGAGGGUGAGGAGCAAGCCCAAUACAUGCACGUCGGGAGCUGCCAGCACCUCUCGUCCAGCGAGGAGAUGAGGAAGGCUCGCAGCAAUUCCACCCUCAGCAAGUCCGAGUACAUGGUGAUCGAGGAAGGGGGAAUCAACCACAGUGCAUUCAAACAGGCUGCCUUUAAGACAGGCAACUGCACAACCACAAACAAUCCCAACUGUGUGAACAUUAAAAAGAUCUUUACGGAUGUUUAAGAAAAAACAAAACCAAACAAACAGCAACAAAAUCUGAGGAUGCGGUAAAAAAAUAAUAAUAACAAUAAUAAUGCAAAGUGACUGUGUACUCGGUAUUGUGUGGAACAUGCACCAUCGUCGGUCUGUGUGUGCCCUUGUUUUUAUACGUUUAUUUUUUUAGAUCCUUCCUUUCUAAAGAUCCAAAAAAAAAAAAAAAAAAGGAUUUAAAAUUCUCCGAAGAAGACGACUAAAGGGUAAAGAGAAGGAAGAUGAAGACAAAACACACUCACCGUCGAAACAGGUGUUUGUUCUGCAACAUGUUGCAGGGCUGCUUUUGUUUUCUUGGUUUUGGGGACCUCUCGCUUUGCUCCUGGAUUCCCCCCCUUUUCCCUAAAGGCAGCGUGUAGCCGAUUUCCCUUCCAUCACAUAAGCUCACUUGUUGGAUUAACAACCCCGGAUUGGGUGGGGGGACGAGGAAAACAUGUUGCAGAGCGUACUGGAAGGGGGGUGGGAGGAAAUAACCAUUUAAUUUUGCAGACAGUCUCUGUUACCACAUUGUUAAAUGACACUUAAUAUUGAAACACGUGUUGUGCCGUUACGGGCACAUCACAGGUUCUCUUUUCUCCGCUGUUAGAUCAUUUAUGAAAUUCUAAUCUGGUCAGAGACCGAGUGCAAUCAAUGCUGAUUUAAACAGAAAAAAACCAAAACCCCUCAUUUUCUAUUUUUGAUUCCCUUCCCCUGCAACCCUACGGCAUUAUUUCAUCCAACGUCAAAUUUGUGGCCGUGCAACGGGUCUGUGUGUGGGGAGGAGGGAGGCGAAAGGCAAAAUGGAGCGGUUUCAGGUGCGUGGGGAGCGAUGCUGGCAUGGACCGGGGGAUGCAGGAUCCGGGACGGGCUCCUCACCGUGGCUGUGCAGCCUCAAACCCACCCAGCUGGAGACAAAGGGAUAUUUCCUCCUUUUUUUGCACUGUGUUUGGGAGAGAUGCAGCCACUUAUCGCAAGAAGAUUAAAGUGGCAAACAUGCCUUCCAGCGGAAGUCACUAAUUCGGACGGGAGUGAUGCAGUUGCCAUGGCGACCCUGGUUUCCUGGGAAACCCCCAAAGGUUGUCAUGGCAUCCCUUCUCCCAUCCCCCUUGGUCCUCAAUCUUCCCACAAAAAACCUUUCCAGAUGGUUCCAGCCCUGUCGUCCCACAGGACAUCGUGGCUCUGCCCUGCUACGUGACCCCAUCCCGGCACCCCCUUCCUGGGCCACGUCCCCCCUGCGGCUUCCCCCGUGCCGAAUAAAGCGCCCGUAGGCAAUAAGCACCCCACAAAUCCACCUCUCCCUCGCAGAGGAGCUCACACCUUGGCAGUGAAAUUUGGGGAUGGAGUCUCUCGUCCUGCAAACACGAGCGCUCGCCCCGCCGAGAACGACCCCGCGCUCCCCCUGCGCCGCACGGAGCCCGGCCGUGUCCCCAAACCCGCUGCGAAACGGCACCGAGCAGCUGGCGGGAAAGCUGGGCUGAAAAACCCCGGCAGCUUUUUGAAACAAGGGGGACACGACUAUAAAGAGCAGGAUUGAAAAGUAACCAAAACCCCGCCGGGGAAAAUGCGCCGGCUUCAUCUUUACGUGCGCACCAGGGGCCACGGGACAUCUGACGGGAUCAGAUAACAGAAGAAGUUUCGAAAUUAAGACCUUCAGGACUGUGUUGAGAAAUAAAACGUCUCCAAGGAAAUGGCAAACAUCACGGACACGACGACUGAUGCUGCUGUGGAGCCGACCGACGGAGGGUCUGUCCUCCCCCGUUAAACCCAUUUCAUAUUUCAUAUAUACAUAUGAAAUAUUAUUUGCCACGUUAUCUGUGUUUUCUAACAAGUGCAUUAUGUAGAAGGGAACAUCUCUGCAGCCAGAAGAUCAUCUUCAAAUCAUGUGCAAUAUAACGGGACU